AUGCUCACUUCCCGCAUCCCAAUCCCAAUCCAUCCUACGCUACAGACCCGCCAGAACCACUACCCUACGGAAUCCUCUUCUGAAUCCAUCAUCUCCCCACAGAUAAAUACCAGAAAGAUGGGAAUUAUCUUAACCCUUCUCGUGGUCCUCACCCCUCUCAUAGUCCUCACCUCCUGGGCCCGCGUACCCUUUCCGAUCCCAACCGGUCUCACUCAGGAACGUAAACGCGCUAUCACCAACAAGCAGCCCUACGAAAAGGGAGGAGAUGGUAUAGUCCUCGAAGGCCACACCGGAGAAUGUACGCAAAUGGAUAAGCUCGCGUGGUCCGCCUAUCUUGAAGCUGCGAGGAAAAGCGAGCUGUAUGGCACGGAGCGGUAA